UUUCGCGCCUCUUGGGUAAGUUUCCUUGAAUUGUUCCUACUUCCUAGGUAAUCAAAAACAAAGAGCUGCCAAAUAUUUUAGAUUAACCUUAAAUAUUGCUAAUGAGAUUAAAAACAAUAAAUUUUCAUUUGGGAUUCAUCAAAUUUCAUACCUUUUACGUUUAAUCGUUGAAUAAUUGAUGAAUUUCACAUAAAAGUCAUAGAAGACUGGUUCUAAUGAAACUUUUUGAGCUUUGAAAGAGGGUUGAUUCAAUUAAAAAUCUUGCCUUGAAGCUUGUUCUUAAUCUGCUGCUAUUGGAUUGAAGAAGAUGAAGAGAGGUGAAGGUGGGAUAAUCAUGAGGUCAAUGACCUUGGUGAUCCAGAUGAUGGUUGCUAUUAUGAUGAUGAUGUUGGUUGCAGAUGGAGCUGAUAAAAACAAUAUCUUUAGUCCCUGCUCUGAUGCACGCAUUCAAAGAUUGGAUGGAUUUACCUUUGGUCUUGCAUUUUCAAGCAAAGAGUCCUUCACUUUCAAUAACACUCAAUUGUCUCCUUGUGAUCAGCGUCUUGCCCUCCAAAGCAAACAGUCUCAACUUGCUCUAUUUAGGCCCAAGGUUGAUCAGAUCUCUCUACUUACCAUUAAUAGCAGCUCAUUCGAUCCGGUUGCGUUUGGUGGGCAUAUGGUAGCAUUUGCUGGACACAAGUAUGCAGCAAGAUCAAACCCAAUAUUGGUUUCUGACUCCAGUAAUACCAUAACUAGUUUCACUUUGGUCCUUGAAUUCCAGAAGGGUACUCUUCAAAAUAUGUUUUGGAAUAACUUUGGAUGCAAUGCGUGCCAAGGGGAAUCUCUUGUCUGCCUUGAAAAUAAAUACUGUGCAGUACCAAACUCUAAGUGUAAAAACAGAGGUGGGUCUGUUGAUUGCAAUUUAAGCAUACAAGUGGCAUUUUCUGGUACAGAUAAGAAUCUUCGUGCACUUAAUUCAUGGUAUGAGGUGAAAAAUCUUCGGCAGUACUCCCUCUAUGGUGUGUUCUCCGAUCUUCGUGAUUCAAUCACUAGCCCAUUCGACCAGCUCUUUUAAGUUUGUAUGUCCAGUUUGUACAAGCAAUGCGGGUUAAUGGUGGUUUUCAAGCUUUGGGGUCUUGUUACCUUAGUUGACCACAAUAUGAUCCUGCAUUGUUGUGUUACUUGUGAUUACUCAGAUGCUGAAAGUGCCCCAAAGACAAAGAACAGAAUAUCAAUAUGAUACUAAACCAUUCUAGUCCCAGGGUGCAUGUACUCCCUGUCUAGGCCACCACCACAAGUUUCAUGGUGAGAGCACAGAACAACCCAUUUGCAUCACUUGGGCCUUGCAAGCAUCAAAACAUGAACAUGGACUCAUCAUAUAGUGAAGUCUUACAGCAAUCUCCAUA